UGAUUAAGAAGCCAAAAGUAGGAGCCUUUCCGGAAGAUAUAGCAUUCAGAACCUAAAAAGGAAGACGGGGAAGCAGCUGUGUCGAAUAUAUUGUCUGGAGAACAAUAUGAAGAUGAAAGGAUUUGAGAAAGACCUUUAGGCUCUAGUUGCCUGCCAGUAACUGUAUGGCUGUGCCAACCCAAUCCCCAGUGUUACCACAAUUAAAAGGAGCAUACUCCAAAAUUGAGAAAAAUAAGAAAUAAUGGAUCCAGUAGUUGUCUAGAAUCUAUGGUUCUUUCACUUACAUAUUUUAUUUACCAGUUAACUGUCAUCUUGUUGCUUGUUGAGGAUGCUUAUGAUGUCGAUGAAUUUGCAGUGUGUUAAGACAGAGUUUCACCCUGCCAUGAAAGAUGCAGACCAGACUAAUUGCUGUUUUGUUUGCUUUCUUAGUGUGAGGAACUGUGGCAUGGGAAAGCACACAUACCUCGUGCAUCACAAGCCCGGGGACUUUCUAAACUGGCCGCUUAUUCUAUAUCUGUCAUGGAUGGCAGACGUACCCGUAUCUUGAGGGAUGAUCUUUGCGACCAUGCUUGGGAAUUUCAUUUUACCAAGGUAUGUGCCUCACAAUUAUAAUCCAGUUAGAGGCAGAGAGUGUUUUAUCCUGUGAACUAGGUCUACUAUGAACAUCAUGCUUGAUUCUUAGUAUGUGUAGUGCAGCUGUGAUUCAACGGCUUGAAGAUUGCAAGUGCCUUGAAAUGAAUCAGUAGUAGAAAGGUUUGAAUUUUUGAAUUGGUGAAAAGAGUUUCCUUUUUGCUUUCUUUAAAUCAGCUACUCUAACAAAAUGCAGUCGUUGUUGAAGAUUAACUUUAUUUCCUCAAUGCCGUCAUCAGUUUUGUAAAUCCUUCUCCAAAUAAUUCUCUCUCACUCUGUUAAUAUGAUUCUCAGAAUAAUAAUUAACCACCAGUAGUCUAGUCUUGAUCUCAUGAUACACAAACCAAAUUAUAGUCCUUUCCCUUAAGCUAAAUUUGAACAUCUGACCAGUUUUAUCUUGCUUGCAGGCAGCUCCAGAAUACUGGCGAAAUCUUGAUCCCUAUUGGAAGGGAACUGGCCCAAGCAUGCGCCGCUACUUCCAUCCAGAUGGGAGCCAAACUGCAGAUCCUGGUGACCAGGUUUGGGGCGGCCACGAGUGCUGUUAUUGUAUAGUCACAAGCUUUUUUGUGGGUGAAGGAAGGAUCAGGGAGCAUUAUGUUAGGAUAAACAGAUGGCCCCGAUUGCUCAUAUCCAGGAAGGAGGACUGGAGCUGGGAAAUGUCCAACUGCAUCUUCCACUACAACAGCAUUCCUGAUGCUGACAAGGAAGGUGGAACAGGACCACUGUCACUGUUGCUCUGAACGUAUCUCCAAUUGCAGUUCCCAAAUAUUUAAUACUAAGCGAGCGUUGGCCAAAAAAACAAAAAACAAAAAAAACCACUAAAAUAAUGUACUUAUAUAAAGCAGUGCCUAGUUAUGCUCUGGGCAUGCAGUAAGCAUCCAGUACUCUGUAUGCUGGGUUUUGGUACAUACUCUGUAUGCUGGGUUUUGCAUAAAAUGAAGUUGCCUAGUUGUACUUUACAUAAAUCGGUGACUAAUUUUGUACUUCAUACAUAAUGUGGUUUUUGAGUGAUAUGAUAUGCAAAUAAGGGAAAUUAAAGAUG